GGCGGCGGCGGCGGCGAUGGCGGCCGCCUCGGUGUGGAAGGGGCUGGUGGGGCUCGGCCUCUUCGCCCUGGCCCACGCGGCCUUCUCGGCGGCGCAGCAUCGUUCUUACAUGAGGUUAACAGAAAAGGAAGAUGAAACAUUGCCCAUAGAUAUAGUUCUUCAGACGCUGUUAGCCUUCGCAGUUACCUGCUAUGGGAUAGUACAUAUUGCAGGAGAAUUUAGAGACAUGGAUGCCACUUCAGAACUAAAAAAUAAGACGUUUGACACCUUAAGGAACCAUCCAUCUUUUUAUGUAUUUAACCACCGUGGCAGAGUAUUGUUCCAGUCCCCAGACACAACAAAUUCCUCUUCAAACCAAGAUGCUUUGUCAUCCAGCUCAGCACUGAAAUUCCGCAAACUUGAACCUCUGCGCCGCUAAGACUUUUACAGCUGAGCAGAAACCACCCAGGACACUGAGAUGUAAUCUUCAAGUCGGGGAUGUAAACACUUAUCUUUUGGGGAGGGGGAAGUUUGGGUUGGUUUGUUUUUUUAUUUCUGGAGCAGUAUUUAUAUUGAUCUUCCAGACUUUAUAAAGAUAUAUAUAUACACACACACAUAUAUAUCUAUUAAAAGCUAAAAAGGACCUUCUUUGUACACGCUCUUAACGAAAACUGCCCCCUCCCCAGGUGUGAAUUGGCAAAUUGUUCUGCUGGGAAAUGCAUCUUCAGAUUCUACUUUAUUGAAACAGCAUCCCCCCCCCCCCCAAAAAAAAAAAAACACCUCACAAGCAAACAAGGUAGUUUUUAACUGCAGUUCAUGUUCUUUGACUAGCUGGAAUGUCGUGAGUGCUCUUUGCACUCCAGUUGGUGGAACCUUCCUUUGGAGAUAAAACUGUGUGCGCUGCGUCGCUUAACAGCACAAGAAAGGGGCAGUGUCACUCUCCUCUUAGAAUGCCAAGGAGACCUGCAGGGUGUAGGCACAGCAAGUCCAGAAGGUUGCUUGCUUUAUUUCUUUUUGUUUGUUUGUGUCAGGAAUAAUUGUGUGAAGGUUUGGGCUUUGGUUUGUUUUUUUUUCCUCCCUUAGUCUUUCGUUCUUGCAUCGCUUCCUUGUUGCCUGCCUUCGUUUCCGUGUAGACUGCCCUAUGUUGCCCCAAGCUGCAUGGGUUGUGGCUGUCCACGUGGUGCCUGCUCACUUCUGAUCCUGGAGCUUGUCCACCAUGCUCAGCUUGUUUGGCUGAGCGCAGGGGAACACUCAUCAGAUGGCUGAACGCUGUGUUGGCACCAGAAAUCCAUUCCCAAGUCAGCUCCUGUGUAAGUGUCAGCAAGAAAUCUCUUCUGUCAGGGGUCCAGCAGCUAGGUCUGCUUGCUGGCAUUGGCACAGUACUGGUAAUCAACUGGUCAUGGUACAGCUGCCCCCUUUUCUGCCAGCAGAGCCUUUCAGCUUGGUUUAUUUCCUUUUUCAGCUGAACCCUUAGUUGAUUUAUGAUUCCCAUUUUGAUUUCCUGUAUUAGGACAGGUGAUGCAGUGCUUCACCCUUACUGAUGGCUAAACUCUCAUCUCCCCUUAAGGCCUGAAUCAAUGCUCAAAUUCCUCUUGGCCUGGCAUUUCACCUCCCUGACCUAGCAAAGGGGUGGUAGCUCGAGAUUCUGAUGGGGCCAACUAGAAAUUUGCCUAAGUCUGAGGAUGUCUCACUGCCAUUGUGGAAACUCAUCCUUUUUUCCUGGCAUCUGUUGGUUUUUAAACUGGUAAAAACUGUCAAAAGCAAAAAGCUUAGCAAAAUACUGUGUAAAAUGAAGCCUCUUUUUUCUAGCUCUGCCCAUCCUAUGGAGUGGGUGCCCCAGUGCCAGAGCAAUAUCUGUAUCUACAAUCACCCUUAAAAGUCUGGGUUUGGUUAGAAAGGGUUGCUCUGCCAGCUGCAAAUGUCUGAACCGACAGACUGCUUCCUAAAGUGUCCUGGGUCCCCCUUAGCUGGUGUCACAGAUCAGCUCCUGCCAGCUGCUGUCACCAAAGGCCUCCAAAAUCUAAGUAUCAGGUCAGCUCUCUGUUGCAGCAGAGCUCUUUCCUCGGGGAAGGGAGCUGCUGCACGCCGAGGAAAGGGCUGAGCCUCGGCCAGGUGACCUUGCGAGGCACAAAGGAAAGAGAAGCUGCCGAGGGAGACAGAAGCAAGGGAGAAGGUCAGCAAGCACUGCACCAGCCUGACACUGCAGCUGUGGUUGGCAGUGAGCCGUUUGCAGAGGGUCUCUUAGAGCAGGGCUGCUCACCCUUGAUGUCUGAGAAGCCCCAUUUGUGUUCCUGUAAGGCUUAAGUGGACCUGCCUGAAGUGGAAGGUGCUGCCGUGGAACAGGGCAAGUGGAGAACCUCCUCUGCUUCUCCCAUGGAUCCUGACUGCAUCAGGUGUCCUCUGGUGACAAGUAGCCUUACUCCUCAGCAGCAGUGGUUCUGUCACAAAGCUGUACAAAUUAUUUUUUCUUAUUGAUCUUGCAAUGUCCAAUAAAAAAAUUAUCUCCUUCAAA